UACUGCUAGUUCCAGUCACAGAAUACUUAUGAGCUCUUCAUUACAACUCUCUUCUCAACUAAAGUGAGAAAGAAAGAAAUGUACUGUUACACAUUGAUUCAGCAUGACCAAAUUAAUUUAUCAUGUAAAUUGCAGCAAAAAGAUUCUUGAUACAGACCUGGAGAAUUCUACCAUCCAGAAGCAGAGGAAAGAGUUGCAGUUAUUAAUUGCAGAGCUGAAGGACAGAGACAAGGAGCUCAAUGAUAUGGUAGCAAUUCACCAGAAACAGAUGCUGGCUUGGGAGGGUGAUCGGCAGCAGGUUCUCUUUUUGGAGCAAAAAUGCAGCAAGCUAGAAAGUGAACUUCAGCAAAGAAAUGAAAUAAUCAGAUCUUUAACAAAAAGGAUAAAACUGGUACAAUCUCGGCAACAAGACCAAAGAGCAAGUCUUGAAAACACUCUGGAGAGCACUCAGCAUCAGCUCCAGGAAUUGUCCCACAGAGCAUCUGCAGCAUCCAGUCAAUGUCAGGACCUGGAGGAUAAAAAUCGCAGUUUGAGUGAUACAGUUUUGGAGCUUUCUGCACACGUUGGACGACUCCAGGCAAGGGAACAGGAGCUGGCUACUUUGCUGAAACUGAAGGAUAAUGAUAUCAUUGAAGCAACCAAUCACAUUACAGAGUGUACUUCCCGAUUUAAGGAGUUAGAAGCAGGACUGAGAGAAGCUGUACAGUCAAGCUUGAAUGGGCAGAAAGGUGAAGUUAAUAAACUGAAAGAUGACCUCAGCCAAAAGACUGCAGAAAACAAUGAGCAGAGAGAGGAAAUCAUCCGCUUAAAGCAAGAAAGCUCUUAUUUACAUUCUGAACUACUUUAUGCAGCUGAAAGGGAACAUCGAAAAGAUCAGCUAUUUCAGUUGGCAAGAUCUAAGCAAGAUAGAACAGAUACUGAAUUACAGAACCUUCGAAAGAUCUGUGUUAAACAGCAGAAUGAUCUGCAAUUUCUUCACCUUUCUUUGGAGAGUUCAAAGGAUGCAAUUCAAAAGUAUGAACAGACAGAAGAUGAAAUAAGCGAGGGUCCUUUAAAUAUCAGUUCUCUCUAUCUGGAUUCUCUUGGUAAAGAUGGCUUCUUGGCAACCAGACAAAACCAUUCCAGUCUGCCACUUCUGCCGCUAGACCUGAAAAUUCCCAUCAUGCAGUCAACGCUUAAAGACUCAGACUGUCACAUAAGUCCAAAAUCCUGUUCCCCAACAUUGAAGCUCCAGCGCUUGAUCGCUGAUUCACAGCAGAUGGUGGCAGAUCUGGAGCUCCGUGAUCUGCUUCCUGGGCCAUACAGUGUAUCAAGCACAUGUGCUGACGGCAGUCAGGCAGCUGACACCCAUGAGAAAAGAAAGCUCCAAGACACAGACAAAGAAGCUAAAUCGUCAGGUUUUUCUUGAUCAUUUACGUAGCAGGUUGCUACGUGAAAGAAGGUUCUUCUGAAGUCGAUUUACCAGACAGUGUUCAAAAGAAUUAAACAUAUAAAUAUAAUACAAAGUUUUUUGUAGUUAUUUUGACUUUAAAAAAAAAAAAAAAAAAGAUGGAAUACAAACAUCAUAAUUCAAAACUCUACUUUCUUACAUUUUAUAUUGUAUGCACAUGUUUAUUUUUUAAUGUAUAUAGUGGUGUGAUCUACAAGUGGAAACAUCCCAGGCGCUGCCUUCUAAUCCUGUGUUUGUACAAGUCUAACCACCAUGAAAUUCCUAACAUCCUUAUGGCUUCUUUAUGUUAGAGUUAUAAAUACCAUAUAUAUACUGUAUAGUAUGAAAAUCAUGUCUGUAACCUGAAAUAGUUUUCAGCUCUUCUUUAAAGGCCAUGGGUGCUAAUCCUUCAGUUGGUCAUUUCAGGAUUCUCGGAAUCGUACUUUAGAAAGUUGAAUGUUUUCUGUUUAUUCACAGUUUUCAUAGGAAUUUCAGUGUCACUGCUAAUUGACAUUGAAAUUGCUGUUUUAUAAAGUAUAUUAUGACUUGUAAGAUAUUCAUGCAGUCACAAUAAAAUCUUUUAUUUGGG